CUAGAUCAAAUAAUAAUAGCAUUUUCGGUUUCUAUGGUCAUUGGACUUGUCAUUGGAAGCAUAAUCUGGGCCCUUUUGACUUGCCUGUCUGGCCGUAGAGCCAGUGCCCACAUUUCCCAGUGGAGCACCUCAUCAUCCAGCCGACGUACCAGAGCUGCUCAUAGCUGUGUGGCCAGCAGGCCCGGAUUCUAUCGCAACAGCAGCUGUGAGCGCCGAAGCAAUCUCAGCUUAGCCAGCCUCACUUUCCAAAGGCAAGCAUCUUUAGACCAGAAUAAUUCUUUCCCGAGGAAAUCAAGUUUUCGGGCCUCCACAUUUCACCCUUUUCUCCAAUGCCCUCCACUUCCUGUGGAAAUGGAGAGCCAGUUGAUUACUCUGGUCCCUACCAGUACAACAACCACACUUACCGGAACUUCCACCAACAGCUUCACUCAUCCAGAAUUCACCUGGUCAAAUAACAGUCUUCUUGUCUGCCAUUCGACACAAAUUCCGCCUCCUGCCUAUGACUCUAUCAUAAAGGCUUUUCCAGAUUCUUGACUUCAAUUCUUGAAUCUCAAUUCUAUGAUUUUCUCUGGGCUGUUGAAGAUACCCGGGAAGCUUACUAUGACCAAAAAGAACUACAGUGCUGGGACAGGAGGGAUCUAAGUGAAACCUGAGCAGAUGGUGUGGUAUCUGGAUGUUCCUCAACUUUGAAGAUCUUUCUCACGAUUGUAGCUAUGUUUGCAGUAUUAAUGCGUUUUUAUAAUUAACUUUGCUUAUUAAGCAUUGUCUUUCAUUUAAGACAAUACAGAAUGGCUUGCAGUACAGACACAAAGCAUAAACACAAUGGUAAAUAUCCUGCUAUUAAUUAGAACAUAGCGGUGUUUUCUCUUUUAAAAUGGGAUUUAAAUUCAAAGGCUUUUCCCUGGGAAUAUGAAUUUCCAGAUUUGAUUUUUCCUGUGACAUGUAUAUCAGUUACCAAUACAGUAUAUGAAUGCAGACUCUUCACUAAUUCUUCAGCAGAAAUCUAGGUGACUUCAUGUAUUACUUUUGCAGAACCAAAAGGGUUUUGAUUUAUGUCAUUCAGACCCGCAAGCUGAACAUAAGAAAUAUGAAAGAAACUAUAAUAGGGUCACUUCCGUGUUUGAGUCCUUGAUUUAUUCAUACCUGAGAAGGCAAACUCAUCUUCACAUCUUAAACUGCUUUGCCCAUGAUUGAGAAACAGUGAGUCUGUAUGUUGAUAUUAGGGUAUAGCUAUCAAACUACAAACUUCGUUCUUUUGUGAGUGUAAACUGAUCUUGCAAACUGACAAUGCUCUUUGUUAAUGUUAGAGUCCUUUAUGCAUUAUACCUAUAAAAAUGGGAGCCUUUUAUUUUCCAGUGAACUGAAUGGUAUCCUCAAGGAGAACGUUGGGGCUUUUGUUGAUCAUGAAGAGUAAUUUAAAGUUACAGUUGAUAUUAUUCCACAUCUAACUUCUAAUUUUCAUAAACAGCUUAUGUGAAGGCAUUUUUCCUUACUAUAAUUCAGCUCAAAUACUGGCAGAAAUCUCCCUUUAUGUGUAUAGUCAAGCUGAAGUCCUAAGGCUGAUGCAUAAAUUCUUUAUUUCAUAACAAUUUGUGAAAUAAUUGUCUAUUGGUAUAUGUUUAAAACAUUGUAGAAUCUGUUAUUUCAUGAGUGCUGUGGAAAUGAUGCAAUUUAAAUAAAUU